UGAGAAUUUAAAACUAGACUAUAUGGAGGAAGUACCAUAGUUCAUUGUAUUGGGCCGGUUAACGUAUGGGUGGUAUGGCCCAAAUGUUUUCUACAGUUACUACUCAUAGAAAGUUAGAAACGUCCCCCCUUCGGUUUCUGCCCCCUCCAAUUCGACAAUUCAACCUUCCUCAUCCAUCCAGGUAUUCUUCUUUCAUACGCUCCAUCUUCCCACCUUAUAAGCUAUUCUCCAGCAACAAAGACCAUAGCUGGUUCAAAUUAUCCAUAUUUGAAAUAAACUAGCAAGUCUAGUUGAUUAUUUUAUCAUCAAUGAAAUUUUAGAUGUUUGAAAUUCUGAAUCUGAAACACUAGUCUACAGAUCCUCUAUUAACCCUAUCGUUUCUAUAAGUAUUUGCUUGAGUAAUUUCUUUCCGAUUUUUAUUUCAUUUGCUUGUAAUACAUUUUAAUGGUUAUAUUUUUGUAUAUAUAUUAUAUACUCCCUCAGUCCCACAGUAAGCCUCCAGGAAAAAUGGGCAACCCUGAAUGAAUAUAUUAAGAAAGGGAAGUUUCGUGAUUUCGAUUUAUAUAGAAAAACAGGAAAGGUCAAACAAACUUCUUUCAGUCUUGAAAAUGCGAGGGAGUCAAAUUCUGGGAAUCUGGGAUACCUAAAUAUGGAAAGGGGAGUUUUAAUUUGGGGUGUAGGGAGUACUGCGGUAAGAAGAAAACUGUAUUUUUAGUGUCUUAGGCCAAAUAGAAUUUUACGCAGAGAUGAUGUUAUGAAAAAAUGAACACUUUUAGUAAAUUUUUAGUGAUAGCACAAGCUGUGUUUACCCCGUAAUAUGUGAAUAGUGAUGAAUCUGAAAAGCUUUCAUUUUCUUUUACGAGCCUCAAAUUUUCAAAGUAGCUGCCAUGAAUUCAUUAUUGCUAAAGUUAGUAUGUUUUUAAUUGGACUGAAAUUUCCUGGAUGAUCUGGUUUGUUUAUGUUUUGUUUAUGUUUGUUUAUCGUGUGGUCUAUAUUUAUUUCAUAACAUCCUCAGUCUUAUCAAGUGAUCUGCAAAAAACAUCCUUAGUCUUACCAAGUGAUCUGCAAAAAACAUCCUUAGUCUUAUCAGUCCACAUCCCACUGCUGUACACUUGAUGAAAACAACAAUGGUCUCAAAAAUAAAUCAAAUAAUGAGAAAAUUGAUGGCUGCUUUAACAAAAAGAAUCUUUAGUCCUUCAUACUCUUAAGGAAAGGUCCCCAACCUAUAUUCUUCCCUAAGGAGGAAAAUUGACAAAGCAAACUGAAAUAUUGUAAGUUGACAGAUUUUGCUAAUACUGUAAUGAUGUAUAUGCAUGUCAGCAUGUGUACCAAAACAUGGGUGAGAUGGAUAAAAGUGUAAUGUUUUAAUUGUUAAAUAUUUUAAAAAAUGUUAUUUGGAAAGUAUUACUGUCAAGUUUCAACUUUUCAAAAAAAGUACUAUAUAAUUUGGAAGGAUUACUCUAAAAGCUGUUAUUGACAAUCUCUUUCAUCUUAGGUGUUGCAAUGAAUUCCACAGAACCUACCCCUGAACUCCGCCCAUUUUCAAUCAAACUGUGGCCCCCAAGUGAAACCACUAGGAAAAUCUUGGUGGAUCGGAUGACCAACAACCUGUCUACACCGACCAUUUUUACCCGCAAGUAUGGUAGUUUGAACAAGGAUGACGCUCAUGAAAAGGCCCAACAGAUUGAAGGCAUUGCAUUUUCUGUGGCUGACCGUCACUAUGACAAGGAGCCUGAUGGUGAUGGGAGCUCGGCAGUCCAGCUUUAUGCUAAGGAGUGUAGUAAGCUCAUCAUAGAAGCUCUGAAGAACGUCCCUAAAGUAUUUUCUGACUUUCAAACGGAAUCUAAGAGUGAUGAGAAAGAGACCCUGCAGUCUAACACUGCUCCUACUUCCUGUGAAACUGUUUUUGAUAUCUCAAAGGGUAAAAGGGAGUUUAUAGAGGCCGAAGAAGCAGAGGAACUUUUGAAGCCAUUGAAAGAGCCAGGAAACACUUACACGAAGAUAUGUCUCAGCAACAGAAGCUUCGGAUUAGGAGCGGCCCACGUCACAGGACCCAUCUUGGAAUCCCUCAAGGCCCAACUCAAGAAAGUUGACCUGUCAGAUUUCGUAGCAGGUAGACCAGAAGCAGAAGCUCUUGAAGUCAUGAAGAUAUUCUCAGAAUCUUUAGAAGGUUGUGUUUUAAAGUCUCUCAAUCUGUCAGACAAUGCAUUAGGGGAGAAGGGUGUCAGGGCUUUUUCCAAGCUCCUGAAAUCCCAAACCUCACUGGAAGAACUGUUUUUGAUGAAUGAUGGUAUUUCAAAGGAAGCCGCACGUGCAGUUUGUGAAUUAGUUCCUUCCACAAAUAACCUUAGGGUUCUUCAUUUUCACAAUAACAUGACGGGUGAUGAAGGAGCCAUGGCUAUUUCUGAGAUGGUGAGCCGUUCUCCGUCAUUGGAGGAUUUCCGGUGCUCUUCAACUAGGGUGGCAUCUGAAGGUGGUAGUGCUUUGUCUAAAGCACUUGAAACAUGUACUCAUCUCAAGAAGCUUGAUUUGCGAGACAACAUGUUCGGGCCCCACGCCGCUGAAGCAUUGAGUGAAGCACUCUCCAAACAUGAAAACCUAUCUGAGGUUUACCUAUGUUACCUCAAUUUGGAGGACAGGGGAGCUGCUUUGAUAGCCAAUGCACUAAAGGAGUCCGCGACAUCACUUAGAGUAUUGGAAAUAGCGGGAAAUGAUAUAACUGCUGAUUCUGCAGUUGUGUUGGCUAAGUGUCUAGAAGGUAAGGAGUUUCUGGAGAAGCUCAACUUGGCUGAGAAUGAACUCAAGGAUGAAGGGGCAAUCCGGAUCGCAAAGGCUCUUGAGAUCGGUCAUGAACGUUUGAGGACUGUCGAUAUGAGCUGUAACUUGAUGGGAAGGGCUGGAGCCCAUGCGUUGGCUCAGGCCGUUGUGGGUAAGCAGGAGUUCGAGCUGUUGAAUAUCAACGGGAAUUUCAUAUCGGAUGAAGGUGUUGAUGUGGUGAAAAAUAUAUUCAAGAAGUUUCCUGAAAAGCUUGACACAUUUGAGGAUAAUGAUCCGGAGGGUGGAGAUGAUGAUGAUGAAGAUGACAAGGGAUCUAGAGAGGAGAGUAAUGGUGAUAGUGAUGAUGAACUUGGUUCGAAACUCAAAAGCCUUGCUGUUAGCGGGGACGAGUGAAGUCCACAUAUCCCCAAUCAUUCUAAUCUUAGAACUUCCCAUCUUUUGUCAUUUUUUCCAAAUUUAAACGAGAUUGAGCAGGCUUUAAAAAAUUGUCGUAGUGCAAAUCUUGGAGUUUAUGUAGAACAACUCUAAAAAUUGUCGGAGUUCAUUCUGUUGUAAGAUUUUUAGACUUGUAUUGCCAUCGUUUUAAUGCACUCCGUCUAAAAUGCCUAUGCCGCUAUUUUGGCAAAGAAACAACU